UUUCCCCUUCCCACUCUGAAUAAGCGCGAUCAUAAAAAGCGAGGCGAUCGAGGUGUCAACGACGAGACGAGGCGAGGCGAGGCACCGUGCGGACUGGAGUUCUCGCGUGUGACGUUUACAUCACGCCAGUUUGACAUUUCGUGGCAGACGCGACGCGCCGAGUUUCGCGACCGUGACGAAAAAAUUUAAGGUUACCGUCGACGCGGUCUCGUCGAGGCGAACCUCCCCAGGAAAGCCCGCGAGAUUCAUCUCCUGCGAUGUUUUGAUUACUCUCGACCCUUCAUCCUGCGCUCUUACCGUUCCUCGAUGAGGAGGAUGUCCCGCGACACCGUUCCGGGGAAAGCGUGACCCGGUCUCCAGGAUUCGACUUUCGCCGCAAUCCCGAGGAAACAGAGAACGCGAAUCCUUCCGAGGAAUUUUGUUAUGCCAUGCUUGUCAUCGUCGACGUCGUCGCCGUCAUCUCGCGAUAGAUAUGAUUCUUUCCAUAUACACUAUACUGCGUAAUUGCUCAAGAAAUUAUCUGAUGUGUGCGGAUGAUGACUUGUGUACUGUUCGACGACAGUGAGGUGAAUACGCUGUGAUGGGGUGGGCGAUAUCCACCGCAGCAUGGGUUUUUAUAUGGAGUUGUUUGCUGCGGGGCAUCAAUCUAGCUCCACAGCCAUCUCCAAAGCAAGUGCCGUGCGAUAAGACAAGAAAAGUCUUCACAGACUCAUGGGGAAUUAUCAGUGAUGGGCCUAUGGGCUCGAAUUACACUCAAGAUUCUCACUGCGAGUGGCUCAUUAAAGCUAAUCAUAGUCGCCAAUUUAUUACAUUGAGUUUCCGAACUAUGGGAACAGAAUGCAGUUAUGACUAUGUGUUUGUUUACGAUGGAGAUUCCUUUCGUUCCCCACUUCUGGGUAGCUUUAGUGGCAAAACAGAGCCGCAACAAGUGACAUCAUCGUCCGGUUAUAUGUUAAUAUUAUUAUACAGUGAUACAAACUACGUCUUAGAUGGUUUUCACGCAGAGUUUUCAGUCACGGAUUGUCCAAACAAUUGCACCCAUCAUGGAAAGUGCAUCAACAAUACAUGCUUUUGCGAAAACGAUUGGGGAGGUAAAGACUGCUCUCGAGCGCUCUGUCCGAACAAUUGCAGUGGAACCGGUAGCUGCGGCUUGAAAAGAUGCGAAUGCAACAGUGGAUACUCUGGACAAUCUUGUUCAUUGCAUAAAACACGUCCAGAAGGAAAUCGAUGGCAUUGGCUCUCUCAUUCGGAAGGUGGACUAAAACCACGCGCAGCUCAUACGGCAGUCUACGUUCAGGAAACGGACUCACUUUACGUUUUUGGUGGUUACGAUCUCAAUUAUAUUCUUAGCGACUUGGAAGUGUACAGGUUUAGCACAAGUCAAUGGGAAGACAAAUACGGAAACGUAUUAGAGGGUGCUGCAUCCGCUGAAUAUCUGGAUCCUAUGUUGAUCGCUACUGAAUUACGCAAUCCCGGCGCCAAAGAAAUAUACGGCCUACCUACAACGUCUUUAAUCUGGCAAGUCCUUUAUAGUAUCAAGGAUAAUAAUACUUUCGGCCUGCUCGAUCGGGCCGCUAACGGCAGUCACCAUGGCUCACGAGAAUUCAGAAACAUGCCUAAGGAGAACGAGAAGAGCAAAAGCACCAUUAGAAUCGAUAGAAACGACAAUUCUAGGAAAAAGCAUACGCGAAAUAUAAGACCGCGAUAUUCGCAAUUGUCAUCAAGAUAUCGCAGAAACUUAGAAAAUUUAUAUAGAGAACAUGAUGCGGUAGACGUACAAAACGACAAUGUGAAAUGGGAGGAGCAAGUGGUGGCAGGACCUGCUGAAGAUAAUAUAUUCAUACAAGAAUUUAUAGAUCCGAAAGUAACCACAAGCGAGUCAUUAAAAGAGGAAGUUACGGAACCAACCGUUGACGAUUUACCCAAACCAGGUCCCCGAUAUGGACACGCCGCGUGUAAAUAUCAAGAUGGUUUUGUAAUCUAUGGAGGAAAAGUACCAGAGGAAGAUGGUUCUGUAUCAAAUGAACUGUGGCAUUACAAUGUAAACAAACGUAUGUGGACUUUACGUGCUAAAAACUCUCCCUUCUACCCGCCCAGACUAACGAGACAUACUUUAACCCUGGCGGGCGACUACAUCUACUUGUUUGGAGGCAGCACUAUUGACGGAGAAUUUUCGUCCAGGCUUUAUAAAAUCAAAUUACAUUUAUCUGAUCCUAUAGCAACCAGCGAGAGAUGGAUAGAGGUGCGACCUCGAGGUGGUAAGGAACUUGACGUGCGUGUGGUGGCACACUCGACCGUGUAUCAUCGUGCUACCAAUUCUUUGCUGGUAUACGGCGGCGUGGUUGCCAGCGUUGCUCGUUUCAGCAAAUUGUCGGAUCGAAUGUUCGUCUUUCAACUGGAUAGGAAAGUCUGGUCUGAGAUUCAUUAUCCGAGGGCACAUUUGCGAGACACGUAUGUGCCGAGAGAGCGCGCCUUCCACACUUGUAAUAUUAUUGGAAAUUAUCUGGUGGUAUUUGGCGGAUAUUCUCAUAGACAUAACAAAGAGGAGAUCUGUUAUGACAAUCAGAUGUAUCUCUAUCACCUCGGAUGUCACGCUUGGGUGAGCCACGAUGUGCUAGGCUUAAACGAUAAAGAUUCUCGUUAUCCUAAGCCAGGCGUAUUUGCACACGCAGCGGAUGUACGUAAUGGAAAUAUCCUGCUACUUGUUGGUGGAUAUCACGGUAACGUAAACGCCGAUCUUCUCGCAUACACUUUACCGCCCAUGUUGGCGCCAGGAGACGAAGACUACAUUGAACCGGAACAGAUUUGUUCAAGACACAAGAGCUUGAUGGAAUGCGCGGCAAAUCCCGAAUGCGGCUGGUGUUCCGCGGACGAGAUAUGUUAUGGCCGGACGAUAGGCAGUAAUUGUACGACAAAUCUGCAGACGACGCGUUGCCCGGGGGUUUGUCCGGCUUUGGGCGACUGUCAUUCCUGCCUGAUACAUGGUCAACCGGGUGGCGGCUGGGGCACAAACUUUCGCGGCAAAAAAUCCGUCUCGAACAAGCUUAAUCUUGGUACGUGCACGUGGUGCGUCCAGAAUGCUCGUUGCCAUCAUAAGGACGACAAUUAUGGAGUGUGUGGCUUGCGAGACGACACACCCUCACAUAUACCAGGCUGGUGGGGUCCAAAAGGCACAGAGAUCACCAAGGUUGAGGAGUGUCGGGAAAUGGAUAAGAGGCCAGGUCUGACUUUCCUUAAAUACAAGCCGCCGGUGAAUUUCAGUCAACCUGACUCAGUCGCCAUAGUAAACGCGACCACGGUCGAUUUCAACGUACCGUCCAUGCAGGGUGCGAAAACAGAAUCUGCACUGGGUGGCGAGAUGAUCGCCAGACUGACCGGCUUUCUCAGACCGAAUUCUUGGGACAACGAGGAGCUGAAGAUUUGCGUCAGUUAUAACAGCGCAACGCUUCAUAUGUCGCGAAACGACGAUCCCGAUAAGUUGGAACUGGUCGCCAAUUUAACUGCGGAAACUUCACACUGUAUACUGACAAAGUGGCCGGACGGACAACCAAUGAAUCUGCAAUCAGGCCGUUACUUGUUAGAUUUUGAGUCGAAAAGAAUGGUGACCGCAAGCUACGCUUAUGCAAGCAAGAUGGAAAUCACACAUAAUAAGAAGGCAGAAAAUGCAAAAGUCUUUACAUUCGAGUAUCUGGAGCCGUAUCAAAACGGUUCUUGCCAUCAAUACGGCAACUGUCUGCACUGUCUGACAGAUUCCUCAUGCGGUUGGUGCGAUAUAACUUAUCAGUGUCUACCGCGCUCGGCUAACGAGACGGAGAGCUGCGCGGCGGAUGUGGAUUGGGACGAGCAAGGUGAACCGAUACGCGAGUGGCAUUACUUAACAAUCACGCCAUCGGCGUGCGCCAAUUGCUCCAACUACAUCUCCUGCGAAUCAUGCGUGGGUACCAAAUUGUGUGAGUGGUGGACGGAAGAGGCGAGGUGCGCGCGAAUCGGCCGAUUGCCAAAUGCUGUAGUAAAUCUGGAACAGUGCCCUGUUCCCUGCCGGCAACGCUUCAAUUGCACUCAAUGUCUGGACGAGCGCGGUAGAUGUGUAUGGUGCGAGGCCACGCGCGAAUGCUUCUCCUUCUCCGUGUACACGUCCGAGUAUCAGUUUGGUUUGUGCCGGGAAUGGAUGGAUCAGGCAGGUCUAAUGGGCGUUACAUCGCGCAGUUCAUCGCUGACAGGCAAUGAUCAGUGCAAGAGUUGCAGCCGGCACUCAAACUGCUCCAGUUGCUUACACUCGCUUAGCUGCGGCUGGUGCUACAGUCUAGAUAACCCUAUUACUGGCGUGUGCGUGCAGGGUGAUUUCAAUCAGCCUCACGUUAACUGCAGCGCGGUCAUCAAUGAAGAUCGAAAUGGUAGUCUGAGAGCGGAGGAAUCCGGCUGGGCGUAUGCGCAGUGCCCAGACGUAGACGAAUGCGAUCUCGGCCUUCACGAUUGCCAUCCCGACGCACUCUGCACUAAUACUCAUGGCAGCUUCAGCUGCCAAUGCAAGCGUGGCUUCAACGGUGACGGCAAGGAGAAUUGUACCAAGACCUGUUACGAGAGAUGCGUCAACGGAUAUUGUAGCGAAGCACCGGAUUACAAGUGCGAAUGCAACCUUGGCUGGACCGGACCGGAUUGUCGGACCAACUGUGGCUGUUACAAUCAUUCCACAUGCGUGCAGGGGCCAGGCAUCUGCGACGAAUGUCAGGACUGGACAACCGGACGCUACUGCGAGGAGUGCAAAGCGGGCAGCUAUGGAAACGCGACAAUGCCAUUGGGUUGUCGCGAAUGUGAUUGCAACGGACACGGUGAUAUUGAGCUCGGCGUGUGCGACCGACAAACCGGGAUGUGCUUCUGUCGUGACAACACCGAGGGUGACAAAUGCCAGCGUUGCAAGCGCGGUUACUACGGUGAUCCACGCGACGGCGGGAUGUGCUAUUACGGCUGCAUGUCGCGGGGUAUGCUGGGCGGCGAAGGAAACGGCAAGCAGGGUCUGGGCAGUCGACAUUCUCAAUCCUCGCUCUGGGGAAGCCACGCGGGCGACUCGCCGACAAGGGAGUGUCUCUGGAUCGUCAGUCCUGAAACGAAUCUUUCGUCGGACGCGACUGCACCAGCGAUUCAAAGCGUGAUACAGUUUACUAUUCACGAUGACAUCAACGUGAGUUGUCAGGAGAACAGUGUGUACGUAUAUGACGGUUUACCAGAAUUUGUCUCAUCCACUGGUGGUCACCAGAGCCAAUUACUGGGCGUAUAUUGCACGGAGAGCACCGAUUAUCCGGUAACGGUGGAAGCCAAGUCCGGCUUUCUGACGGUACACUACAAACAACUAGACGAAGUCGAGGGUUUCAACGCAAGCUACGUGGUAAUGACAUGCAACAACUGUCCAGGAAAUCGCGAAUGCCGAAACGGAAACUGCCUCUGCAAAUCCGGAUAUGUCGGCAUCAAUUGCGACGUAGAAAUAUGUCCGAACAACUGCACCGCCUCGGAAAAACACGGUGUCUGCGACAAAGGAUACGGUCGUUGCGUUUGCUUCUCGGACUACGGUGGUCGCGACUGCUCUAUCCGGCUCAAGGAUUAUCAGUUGAUUUUCACGGAAUUAUUCAACUCGGAAUAUCUGGCUGAUCACCUGGAUCAUUUGAGGAAAACGCUGCCCCGUUUCGGACAUAGUCUGGUGGCCGAUCGACGCGGCAGUCUAUGGAUGUUUGGUGGUUAUUCACUUAGCCAUGGACCUUUGAACGACAUCAGGUUAUUUGAUACGAAAAACAACACAUGGAUGCCGGUAACAGUUGAGUCUACUUCGGAAGCAUCCAUGCCACAGGGUCGCUACUUCCACGCCGCCGAGAUUGUACAUAGCAGACAGCAGAUCUACGUAUAUGGCGGUCUAUCAAUGAAGGACGAGGACGUGCAGGGAUUGUCGAACAACACUCUAAGCGACUUUUGGAAAUUUAGUAUACAGAAUCAGCGAUGGAGCCAGAUCGUGCAGGAUGAGUCGAAGAAGGAGCCACUGCCAUUAGCCGGUCAUACGCUAACUCUUCGCAGAGACGGAGAGUCUGAGAGUUUAAUUUUGAUGGGUGGUUUCAGUCCUAAGUAUGGAUAUCUGGACACCGUUUGGGAAUUUAAUCUAGAAACGGAGACUUGGAACACGGUGAAAACCGUCGGAAAUGGACCUCUGGGUGUUUACGGUCACUCUACAGUGUAUCAUGGCAAAUCGGAUAGCUUCUACAUAUUUGGUGGCUACACGUACGCGGUAAAUAGGACGUUCAUCUCGAACAAGUUGUACGCUCUGGAUUACAAAACACUGACGUGGUCCGUAUUGCCGCCGUUCGAGGACGAUUUCACCGAUGGCAACAGCUUGCCACAAGCUAGGUUCCUACAUUCUGCUGUCACGACGGACGAAUAUAUGGUAAUAUUCGGCGGUCGACAAAAUCCUCACAAUACCUCGGACUCCCUGAUAGCGUACAAGUACUCAUGCAAUCUGUGGAUACGCUUAAUAACGAAAGACAUGGAAACAAUCGGCAGUCCGCCACCACCGGCCUAUGCUCACGCGAUGACCCACGCCGAUCCGGAGUCGAACGCCAUUUACGUCGUCGGUGGCUUUGACGGCGGUAUAAAGAGUCACGUGACGUUGAUCAACGUACCGGAGGAUCUGUGCAAACUGUGGACAGAUAAGAUCACAUGCAGAAAAUACUUUGGCUGCUCGUUCUGCGCCGUCACCAAGUUUGACGGCGUCAAUGACUCAUUCUGCUUUUCGAAUGAGGUUUCGAGCAAUCGUGACGACAAAUGCGACAUCAACGUCACUCAGGCGCAACGAUCGAACGGAAUAUUCUGCAAUUCGGACUGGAUGGCUAGCAGAAAGUGUCAGAACUUCAAGACUUGCACGGAAUGCCUGGCGGAAUGGCCGUACUACAAGGAAAAUAAGCCGGUUUGCAAAUGGUGUACCAACUGUCCGCACGGUGUCUCAACCAGAUGCAUCCCAUUCGAGCGGGACUGCGACGAAGGAUCGGAUAAGUUGUCGUGCAUCCUGUCGGUCACCAAUGUAGAUCAAUGCAAGGAACGCAAGUGUCCGGCGAGCGACUGUGAGAAGUGCAACCGUCUCGGCGAUUGCGUGUGGACGAGACAGGUGCUGAAAACCGAGCUGGGUCCAAAGUUGACAGGUGAGCCGGUCUACGAUUGGAACUGCGUAUCAGACAAUAUCUUCGAGCGAUCCAGCAUCAAGAUGAGCAGCACGCAGUGCGAGAGGAGAUGCUCCGAGCACAAAGACUGUAAGAGCUGCUUGAAGGGUACCGGCGCCGAAGGCGGCUGGAGCGAAUGUAGAUGGUCCACGCGAUUGAACGAAUGCAUUUCACCGUCGUAUCAACCGCUGUACUGCGCCGGCGGUGUUUGCAGUUUGGUAUUGCGUAGCGCGGAUAUGGAUCAUUGUCCAGAACCGUGCUCGGUUUUCAAGCAGUGCAGCACCUGUCUGAGGCACUCGCACUGCGGUUGGUGUUCUCUAGACUCUGCCGACGUGACCGGUCAAGGAAUAUGCACGGAAGGAUCGCUCGAAGCGCCCACUGAUCAUCCAGCGGGGGGUACCUGCGAGAUGCUCUAUCAUCAACAUUUCCCGGGAACCGAAGCGCCAAUCACUACUACAUUACAUCCCAUGGAUUCUCUGGAAUCGCAAGACAACAACGUCACAUUGUCAUUAUCGUUAUCUAAUCACGUGACGAUACCAGAGUUUUCGUGGCACUACGUCCGCUGCCCGCCGGAGAACGAAUGCGAAAACGGACAUCACACCUGUUCACCGAAGAGCGAGAAGUGUUUCGAUCUGGAAGAAGGGUUCGAGUGCAAAUGCGGGGACGGAUACAAGACGGAGACCACUUGGGCCACCGAAUUCGGUAAAAAGAUCUGCGUGCCAAUGUGCACGCAGGGUUGCGUGAGAGGCACGUGCGUGGAACCGGACUCGUGUCGUUGCGACUUUGGCUACGUGGGCGCUAACUGUUCUAUCCAAUGCCAGUGCAACGGUCACAGCGACUGCUUGGGGCCGGCCAGACUCACAGAGUGUAUAAAAUGCCACAACAACACAAAGGGACCGCAAUGCGAGAAGUGCAAGCCGCUGUACGUGGGCAAUCCUGCGGACAACGGUCAGUGCGUGCCCUGCCUUGAGUACUGCAACGGACACACGCGGCUCUGCAUCAACGACAACACGUCAAUGAUACAUGAUCCGCACUUGGUGGACAAGAUGUCGCUGGAGAAGUUGAAUCAGGAGCUGGUCGAAGGACCAGUGGCCAAGGCCAUGUGCAUCUGCGGCAACAAUACUAUGGGCGACAAGUGCGGCGAGUGCAUGACCGGUUACUUCCGCGGAACGGAGGAUCUACGUGACGUGUGCCGACCGUGCGAGUGUCAUGGUCACGGCUUCACGUGCGAUCCCGUGACCGGCGAGAAGUGCAACUGCGGUAACAACACGGAAAGCGAACCGUCCUGCAUCAACGGUCCCAUGAAGAGCACAAACACGGGUGGCACCCCGUGCUGGAAAGUGCAGUGCAGCAAAUGCAGGGAGAACUACGCCGGCACGCCGACGAUGGGUCAUCAGUGUUACAAGACCGUUACGGUUGAUAAUAAGAUGUGCUUCGAUUCGAAAUUGAUAGACGAGUGCAAAAUGAAGCCAAAACCCUUGAACCCCGGACAAACCGUCUUCUACAUGGUACAACCCCGAUUUAUGAACGUGGAUAUCAGAGUGAUGGUGGACGUCACUCAAGGUGCCUUGGAUUUAUUUCUGAGUCCUCGAGACGACUCCUUUGUCGUCACUUUGAACUCGUCGACUGGAUAUCAAGAUGUCGAGUUGGACAGCAGAUUCAGGUGGCGACCCGAUCAUUCCGAUACAUGGAUGGACGAACAGUCCAAUAUCAAGUUCCGGAUCGUCGAGUUUCAUUCUCACGGUUUUAGCGCGGUAAACGGCACCACCACGGAGCCGACAUGGAACACCGGGCCGCAAUAUGUCGUGAUGGAGCGCUGCGCGGAGAAGUUGGCCACCUUCCUGACAAUCGAAAGGCGAAACACGUUUUUAGUCAUACGUAAUCUGACGAAUCGACUGGUGCUGACAUUGCCGCAGGACAAACACGAACUCGGCCAAACCAAGUUUCACAUCGCGCUACGAGCGAUCGAGCCGGCAAACCCGGAACUGAACGGUCGUGCCGCCUACGGGAUGAUCUUCUUUCGGCAGGACCAGCUGCACAUCGAUCUGUUCGUAUUCUUCUCGUGUUUCUUCUCCUGUUUCUUCCUCUUCCUGUCGGCAUGCGUGGUCGCGUGGAAGACGAAGCAGGCUGCGGACGUGCGUCGCGCCCGACGUCGUCACGUCGUCGAGAUGCUGCACAUGGCGAAGCGGCCGUUCGCUUCGGCGACGAUCAUCUACGACCGGGAUGGCGGCGAGUGCAGCCCGAACUCGCCGCAGCGCAAGGGCAGACGCGGCAAGCAUGUAAACUUUCAUAGUGACGUGAGACCGGUCGCUGUCGAGCCCACCGAUGACAGCGUCGCAGCAGUCGCCACAGUGUUCAUCAGGUUACCCGGCGGUCGCCAAGCACCCGUCAAAUUGGCCCUAGGCAGCUCGCUCAUACUCUUGACCAGAGUCUACCCUGUCAAUAGCCGAGUGUUCCUAAGGCGUAGAAAUAGCCACGCGACGAACUGAGUUCGCGUUACAGUGGAAUCUCGAUCUCGACAAUUUUCGGGUUCCACACCACGGCCACAUCCGACCUUUUCGUCGUUCAACUCUUCCGGAACAUCGUUGAUGAGAGUCUCCGAUGUGUGAGUGCAAUAUAUCAUGAAUUAAGAAUAGUUAUAGUAAAGCCCCGGGUUCAAUUAAUGAUCCUGGGAAAUUAUAUAUAACAACCAUCAGAUUUAAUGGAUGAAUUUCUUCUUUUUAAACGCAGUCUUAACACACUAAAGAUAACAGAUGAAGUGUGACGUAAUCGGAUUAUAAUGUAAAAUCUAACAAAAUGCGUAUUUCGCUAUAUCUUCGAUUACCGUUAAAAUUUUAUAUCGCCUCUGUUUGGAAACUGUUCUCUCUUAUUGAUCUCAUCGCACACGUGUAUUAUUAAUUGGCAACAGGCACAGCCAAAUAUCGGAGCUUUACAGAAGUUUUUCCCGCACAAUAAAUAUGUAAUAUAGAAACUAAUCGAAUUACAGGGGCAUGUAAAAUAAUUAUAAUUAAUUUUAAUAUUCCGCCGAAUUUUAUAUUACAUGAUUAGUAUUGUAUUCACGAAUCCGAAAACUUUCGAAAACAAAGAUUCUCGAAAUCGUAGGUAGAAUCAAAGAUGUUUAAAUACAUAAAGGAUUCGUGGAAAUCAACAUCUUACAGAUUGAGAUACGAGCGCAUCUAUCGAUCCGAAAAAGAAUUUACAAAUUCUCGGAAUCUAAGGAUUCAUAUAUGCAUGCAUCGAUACACCGAUCGUAUUGUAGAUUUGUAAAUGAAAUUUUUUUUAUUAUUUUUUUUUUUUUAACUCUAUUAUUGCGUAACACAUAGUUGUAAGAGGUAAAGAAGCGAAAUCGUUAGAUUAUUUAAUCUAAAUAUAAUAUAUUGUCGUAUACCAUUCCAUGACGAGACUGUAUACACAUUUGUAUAUACAAUAAUCUGUAAUUAGGUAUUAAUUCGAACUUUAUAUACAUUUUUGUAGAAACAUUUUACGAGGCAUGGUCUCGCGUCAUGGAACAUUCGUGGCAACUAUUCCCGCAAGGUGAUGAAAUCGAUCACGUGUCUGUAUCAACUGAACGAACAGUAUUAGAAUUGUUGUUAAGGAGACGGAGCUCGACGACGAUGCGUACGUUAACAAGGUUCCUAUGCCAAAACUGAAUGAAUGUGAAAACGUCCUAAUAUAUUAAUUUAUCAUAUUAAGUAAGGGGAAGGGGGAGAGGAGAAGUAAAUAAGAGUUAGGGAGAAGUAGAUCAGGUUGAAAAUGUUCUUCGGGAAAGAACUGUAUGUAUUCAUAAAGGAAGAGUUGCAGACGCAUGUCGCAAACUUUUCUAACCGAAAAAGACACUUGUGUACUCUCGAUAGGCUGUUUUUGAUUAGAGAUGACGAUUAUAAUAUUAAUCAAAAUGUAUAGAUAAUGUGAGUGUUGUAACGAUAUUGACAUUGACGUGCUUAGUAAUCAGUAAGAGCCUGUAAAUGGGGUAAGGAAGGGACCAUAUUGUUUUAUAUGAAGUUCAAGACAGUCGUAUGAGAAUAUAAAUUUCUAUAAAUCAAACAAUUUUUUCUAAUAAAGAUUCAAAAAUUGACAUAAAUAAAAUUUGAUUUCUAUAAAUUUAAAUGUAUGUGUAAAAUUCUGAAUGUAAAGAAUAUCUGUGUGUGGCUAAAAAAUAGAUAGAUGAUACGUAAAAUAUUGAGAAGUAAUGUCAAAAAUUUACGGAAUCGAAAAUCUACUCAUGAUUUGAAAGAAACUCGAUAACACACACACACACACACAAUAUUAUAAGACGUAUAAGAAACGUCUAUGCUUGAGGGAUUUUUGACUUCAUAAAAAACAAUGAACCAUCUCUUCGUUAUCUCAUUCUCUUGUGCUUUGUUCUGGAUUAGAAUAACGUAACGGUAUUUUUUGUGUGUGACAAGGAGGUGGAAAUCUAAGAUCUCUGCGCAUAUGUUUCUCUUGUAAACAAAGUGUGCAUAUAAGCAAGAGCUUAGAUAUACUAAUUAUACUCAUUGGUAUGCCAUCGAUUGGCCGGAAGAACGCACGAGUGCUUCUCUCGACCAGAGAAAACAAUAUUCGAUGAUUGAUUAUUAAUUAAACGAACACAUCGACGAUACGACGCGACCAGUUUGUUGUGAAUCUCAGAGUCUUUUCUUGUCAUCACGUUAGUCUCGUCAUUGCGCGCAAUGCAAAUCGAUUUUUUGUUGUUUUGCAGUAUCUCUAUCGAUGCAGCUAUUACCUGUCUAUUGCGAUUUCUCUUUCUCACUCUCUCUCUCUUUCUCUCUACUUUUUCUACAUAGAUUUAUAAGUUCAAGAAUCCACAGAAUAUAGCAAAAAUUUAAUGAAAUGUAGGAUCUCUGUAGGAACUAAGAAUCUUGUGAUGCUGUAAAACAAGAAUCUAAGAAAACAUAGAUUAGAUAUAUCAAGAAGCCAAAUAUCCAUUAUCAAACUUUAAAGAUACAACGAACGUUUCUGUUGAAUAAGAUCGCUUGGAAUUUCAACGAUCUUCCAAGAAUUCGAAAUUAAUCCUUCGAUUUUAGAUAGCCAUAAAAUUUUGUCUUUAAAGUAAACGUCAAGAUUCAAAGUUUCUGCAAGAGAUCUAUAUAUAUAAACUCGAAGGAUUUUUCUUCGCAAAUCUAUGUACAUUCUAAAGACCUGCUUAUUAUGAAGAUUAUUGAAGGAUUAAAGUUGAUUCGUUAUUAUAUCCGCACGUGGUCGGAUCUAUUCAGAAUCUAUAAUAAUUCACAUAUUAUUCAUACGCACGAUCAGUCGCGCUGUCCUAAAUACUCAUCCGCGUGGUGUAAACGUAUUAAAUACACAGAAUUGAUACAGUAUAUGUAUGUAUAAAUUUACUUAGGAGCGUAUAUA